AUGACUGGUCUAAGCAUUUUCGAACCUAAGAACUUGGCUUCAGAUGUUGCCCUGAACAGGUUUAUUGAAACAACAAAUGCAACCAGCGUGGACCAACGCUUCCUGGAACGCUUCGAAAGUGUCACGGGACAAAAGCCGCAUCGCUACCUUCGCAGAGGCAUUGUUUCCUGCCAUCGAGAUCUUGAUAAAAUCCUUGAUAAGUCUGAGAAGCAAGAGCCAUUCUACAUCUUCACGGGGCGAGGGCCUAGCAGUGACAGCCUUCACAUUGGGCACUCCAUCCCAUUCGAGUUUACCAAAUGGCUUCAAGAUGUCUUCCAAGUUCCUCUCAUCAUCAUGUUGACCGAUGACAUGAAACUGCUACAUUCGCAAAAGCUUGACUUUGAGAGCGUAGCGCGGUACACCUCUGACAACGCGAAAGACAUUCUGGCCUUCGGCUUCAACCCGGCUUCCACGUUCAUGUUCUCAAAUCUGGACUUCGUUGGCGGCGCAUUCUACCGCAACAUAGUAUCCAUUGCGCGACUGAUUCGGGUAUCCGACAUCAAGAAUGCUCUUGGUUUCACAGACGCUGAAAAUGUGGGCAUGUUCUACUGCUGUUCGACGCAGUCCGCUGGCACGUUCGCCACAUCUUUUCCAGGUAUUCUGGGCGAUGAUGUGGAGAAGUUGCGAGGGAUGCAGGCGCUCAUCCCGUGCUCUUACGAUAUUGACGGAUACUUCAGCGAGGUGAGAAAGAAGGCUGCUGGGCUCGGGUUCGCACCAGCCGCGUUCGCGUAUUCCAGCUUGCUGCCUGCCCUUGGCGGUGUUGAGGGCAAGAUGUCUGCUUCUAUCUUGAGUUCUGCUAUCUAUCUCACCGAUUCGCCUUCUCAGAUUGAAGCAAAGUUGGCGGCGGGUGAGGCGAAGUUGGACGUUGAUGCAGUGUUCACGUACUUGAGAUUCUUCUUGGAAGAUGAUGAGGAACUAAGGGUGAUUGAGGAGCGUUACGGAUUUGGUGAGCUCUCUGUGGAAGAUACUGUCCCUGUACUUGUGAGAGUGUUGCAGGGUCUCGUGUCGAAGUUCCAGGCUAGUAGGGCAAAGAUUGACGAGGAGACGCUGAAGCGCUUUAUGGAACCCAGGCUCCUCCAAUAA